AUGGGUGAUAGAACACUUAAGCAAUUGGCUACUCCUAAUGUUGAUAAUGAGCAGCCCUUGUGUAUUCGUUAUACUAAUCCUGUUGUACCUUUUGAGCUUAAGUCUGGACUAAUACACUUGCUGCCCAAGUUUCAUGGUCUUGCAGGUGAGAAUCCCCACAAACAUCUGAAGGAAUUUCAUAUAGUCUGCAGCACUAAGAAGCCAACAGGGGUGGAUGAGGAACAAAUCAAGCUGCGUGCUUUCCCUUUCUCUUUGGACAGUGGAGCUAAGGACUGGUUGUACUACCUGCCACCUUCCUCCAUUGUAAGCUGGAAUGACAUGGCCAAAUUGUUUCUGGAGAAAUUCUUCCCUUCAUCCAGGGCCACUUCAAUCAGAAAGGAGAUCAGUGGCAUAAGGCAAGCUAAUGGGGAGAACAUGCAUGAGUAUUGGGAGCGAUUUAAAAGGCUUUGUUCAAGCUGCCCACACCAUCAAAUUCCAGACAAUCUCCUGCUUGUUUACUUCUAUGAAGGGCUGCUGCCUAUGGAUAGGAACCUUCUGGAUGCAGCUAGUGGAGGAGUCCUGAGCAAUAAAACACCUAAUGAGGCCAAGGAGCUGAUUGCUGAGAUAGUUGCUAAUGCUCAACAAUUUGGCACUAGAGCAAGCGGCAGUGCAGUGUUCCAAGUGCAAACUUCUCCAAUGCAAAAUCCAAUAGUGGCAGCAGCAGGAGCAUCAAGCACAGAUAACCAGAGAAUAGAGAACAGGCUUGAUGAGUUGACAUCAAUGGUGAGGCAGUUGGCAGUGACACAGACAGUGCAACCUUCUGCUCAACAGACAAACAACCUGUGUGGCAUCUGCUGUGAUCCUUCUCAUCCCACGGAUGCUUGUCCUUCCUUACAUGACAGCGGUUCCCAAGUUGACCAGUCUGUUGCUGCAGUUUUUCCUGAAAAUCCACAGCACCAGCACCAGCAGCAAAAUAAUCCAUUCUCCAACACUUACAAUCCUGGCUGGAAGAAUCAUCCCAACCUCAUAUGGAACCAGAAUCAGCAAAAUGUUCCAUAUCAGAGUCAACAAAAUUUACCAUUCCAGCAGAGGCAGCAAUUUGUGCCUCCACAACAGAGGCAAAAUUUUCAACAAUUUGCCCCUCAGCAGCCAAUGCAGCAGCAGCCACCAGUGCAACAGCAAAAUCAACAAGCAAGUGGUAGCUCUCUUCCAUCACAGACAGUUCCAAAUCCAAAGGGAACCGACAAUGUUAGUGCCAUCUCUCUGCGGUCUGGCAAGCAACUGGAGGAACCAAACCAAUCUGCUGUUAAGUCAUCUCAAGGAGGUGACACUGGUUCAAGGAAGCAAAAUACUGAUACUUCUGAUGUCCACAUCCCGUUACCUUUUCCUCAAAGAGCCACUCAGUCUAAAAAGCAAGCAGCAAAAGCUCAAGAUAAAGAGAUUCUUGACACCUUCAGAAAAGUAGAGGUCAAUAUCCCACUCUUGGAUGCGAUUCAGCAAAUUCCAAGAUAUGCUAAGUUUCUGAAGGAGCUAUGCACCAACAAGAGGAGGCUGAAAGGAGAUGAACGAGUCAGCUCUCUUGGUCUUGGUCCCUUGCGUGCUACUGGUAUUGUUGUUCAGUUAGCCAACAGGAGUAGUGUUCAUCCUUCUGGUGUAGUUGAAGAUAUAUUAGUUAGGGUGAACAAUAUGAUUUUUCCUGCUGAUUUCUAUGUCUUAGGGAUGGAGGGUGAGAUUCCUAGUAGUACAAUUAUACUUGGUAGACCUUUCAUGAAAACUGCUAGGACUAAGAUAGAUGUGCAUGCUGAAUUAUCAUCAUUACUUGAUUCUGCUCUGUCAUGUGAUUGUACCGAUAGUAGUAACUGUACUGCUUGUGCUGAGAUAGCUUUGUGUUGUUCUGAUUUUAAUCAUGUAUUGAAUGAUGAUUUGCACAGUGGUUCUGCAUUGGUGUUGAAUUCUGAGUUGCCUGUUGAAAUUAUUGAAGGUUCUAUUUCUGAGAAUUUGAUUGCAGGCAUAGAUGUUAAUGUGUUUUCUGCAGAACCUGCACCCACUAGACUUCUCCCAUCCACUGAGCAACCACUUAAGUUGGAAGUGAAGGAUCUACCUGACCAUCUGAAGUAUGCAUAUCUGGAGGAAAAUGAGCAGUUACCUGUGAUAGUGGCCAAGACCCUUCUACCUGAGUGGGAGGAAAAGCUUCUGACAUUGCCGAUACAGGCCGACAUCAUUUAUCCCAUUUCAGAUAGCUGGUGGGUCAACCCGUUUCAAGUGGUUCCCAAGAAGUCUGGAGUGACUGUAAUGGCAAAUCCGAAAAAUGAACUGGUUCCAGCAAGAGCUCAGAACACUAACAGAUAG